AUGUUCGGUGACCGCAUGGUGAUUGCUAAUGCUACCGGUUGCUCCAGUAUCUGGGGUGCUCCUUACGGUCCCACUCCUUUCACUACGAGAUACGAUGGGACUGGUCCCGCCUGGGCAAACAGUCUUUUCGAAGACGCUGCAGAAUAUGGUAUGGGUAUGGCUGUGACCACCUCUGUCCGUCGUAAGGCGCUCAAGGCUCGUGUACAGGAACUUCUUCUCGAAGGAAAGGAUAGUCCGCUCUCGCCUGAGUUGUACACCCAGUUGAAUGAGUGGGUUGAGAACUUCAGGAAUCCUUCUGUGUGCGCCGCUCUUUCCAAGUCUCUCCCGCCUCUUCUCAAGGCCGAAGCCAGUAAGGAUCCUGCUAUUCAGGAGAUUCUUGAUGUGUCCGAUUUGAUUCCUAAGAUCUCUAACUGGAUCAUCGGUGGUGAUGGUUGGGGUUAUGAUAUCGGUUAUGGUGGACUCGAUCACGUCAUUGCUUCCGGCCAGGACUUGAACGUCUUGGUUUUGGAUACUGAGUGCUACGCUAACACUGGUGGUCAGAAGUCCAAGGCUACUCCCAUCGGUGCUGUUGCCAAGUUCGCGACCAAGGGUCACGAAGUCGAGAAGAAGAAUUUGGCUGAAAUGGCUAUGGAUUAUGGCACUGUGUACGUUGCCAGUGUUUCAAUGGGUGCCAAUUACGAUCAGACCUUGAAGGCUUUCUCCGAGGCCGAGGAUUAUGAUGGUUGCUCUGUUAUCGUGGCUUACUCUCCCUGCAUUGAGCAUAAGAACCUUGAUGCUAUGACCCACACUAUGCAGCAUCAGGCGACCGUUGCUGCUUCCGGCUACUUCCCGAUCUAUCGUUAUAACCCGAUGUUGAAGAGGAUGGGCAAGAACCCCUUCGUUCUUGAUACCAAGAAGCUCACCAUGGGUGUUGAUGCUGUCCUCGACAACGAGAUGCGUUUCGGUGCCUUGAAGAAGCGUGAUGCCGAUUUGUACAAGAAAUACAGGUCUGAGCUUGAUGCUUGGGUCCGUGAACGUUACAGCAAGUACCAGAGAUGGGCUGCUUUGGGUCAGGAAGAUAUCUCUAAUGGUGUUCCGCUAACUCUUCUGUACGGCACCGAGACCGGUACUACCGAGGCCUUGGCUUAUCGUGUUGCUGAACUGGCCCGUCAGCGUGGUUACGCUGUGAAGGUCAUGGAGUGCGAUGAGAUGGACGUGAGUGAGCUCCCUGAAAACAAGAACCUUAUGGUUCUUUGCGCUACUACUGGUGAGGGUACCACUCCUAGGACUGCCCUUCACUUCACUGCGCAGUUGCAGCUUGCUGCUAAGGACAACUCCAAUGCUCAUCUG